AUGAGGUUGCUCAUAUUGCUCACUCUCCUAGGGAUUACUGUAGCCCGCGAUGAUUAUUCCGGAGGUCAUCGUCCUCCACCAAGACCAAAACCCCCAGCCGGAGGCCGCACCAAAUGUCCAGCCGGUUGGAUGCUCUUCAAACGAUCCCAAGGCAAUUGGUGUGUUGGGCUAUUUGUGGGUCAAUUCACUCAACCUAAUGCUGAACUCCAGUGCCAUCAGCAUCAGGCAGUUUUGACAGGAUUGCAGUCAAAUAAUGAGCGACAGAGAUUGGCAUCUGCCGGACAAAAAAUGAUCCAAAAACAUGGCUACGGAGAUGCCGCUAUUUGGCUGGGUGCCAGAAGAAAAGGCCCUGGAAUGUGUCAACCCAAGGAGACUUUCUUUUGGACUGAUAAGCAUACGAAAGGAACUGCUGGAUUUGGAUGGGCUGCUGGACAACCGGAUGGAGUGCUGAGUUAUACUUUGGGAGCCCAAUCAUGUGUGCACCAAUUCGUCUUCCCAAGUGGGACCACUCAUCCAAGAUGGCCAGGAAUCAUGCAUGGGCAAUUAGAUGAUCAAUAUUGUCAAGAAGGACGUAUAAAUCCAAACCGGAAAAUGUACGCUUGUGGAAAAUUGGCUACUUAA